AUGACAGAUAUAUAUAAUGUUGUGCAUUCUAAAUAUGGGUACAACUAAUUUGAAAUGCUCUUGAUGGUUUUAAUUACUGGAAUAACAAAUUUUGUAGUGAUUCCAGCAAUCAUCAUUAUCAGAAAACAAAGAAUGGAUUUCUAAUUUUAUAUGUCCAUUUUUACAUUGAUAACAAGUUUUAUGUAUCACACUUUAGAAAGUCUUGAUUGCAAGUUUUUUAUCAUUGAAGAAGGAGGUUGGCAUCGAUUAGAUAAUGUUGGAUCUAUUGUAUGUUUUUAGAUGUUAUUUACAUAAUUAAGUGAUUUGUAAAAUUUACAUCUUGAAACAAUGUUAAAUUAUUUUGGACUUUUUAUAACAUUUGUAGCUUAAGCUAAAUCUCCAUGGGAUUUAAAUUACACAGUAGGACCUAUUUUAUUGUAAUUAUUCAUUUGUAUAUUUUUGAUAAUCAAAAGAAGAAGAUUACCAAGAUUGAAUAAAUAAAAAGUACUAAUCUAAAAUAUAUAUUUAAGAUGAAAAAAGGUUUAAUGAUAUUAAUGGCAGCCGUAGUUUUUUUUAGUUUAUCCUAAGAUGAGUAUAAGGAUUACUUAAGAUUUUAUCAUGGAAUGUGGCAUACAACAGUUGGGUUGUUUUCAUUCUAUAUAUGGCAAUCAAAAUGUGAAGUUGAGUUUACUUGGUAAAAUUUUUAUACAAUCCCAACAUUGAAAGAAUCAUAUUAUAAAGAUGAAUGAAU